AUGGCGGUGGCAGAUUUAACUCAAACUAUUCCGUACACCAAAAUUAAUGUUCACCCUUCAAAACUUUCAUACGUAUCGACACGUCUCUCCAAUCACCGGCGCAUCGCUCUCCGGCCUUUCCCUCAGACCCGAAAUGCGAGAAUAUGUUGCUCUGUCACGUCCAAUCAAGUUGAAGCACCAGUCGCUGUGCAAACCCAAGACCCAAAGAAGAAGCCCGAGUGCUUCGGCGUCUUCUGCCUUACUUAUGACCUGAAGGCUAAUUAUGAACGUUCAUUUUUGUCUGUGGCUAUAGGUGUUGUUGUAGCAAUAUUGGUAAAACACUGUUAUAGUGUCAUGGCUGUUGGGUUUGUUGAUUACUUGGUGACUAAGUCCAUAUGACUUAGUCCAUCUUAGUUAUUGGCUUAUUGCUUCUGUUAAUAAUGUCCUGGUUUGUAGGACUUUAGGUUUGAUUCAUUCCUGGAACAGAUUGACCACGUCUUUAGGCUAUGUAAACAUGGUAGCUUUAAUUUUGUAAUUCUGUUUUGUAAGGCUUGUAUAAAGCCAUAGUAUCUUUUAUUGAAUAAACAGGC